GGAAUCUCUUCCACGACUUCAGCUCCAAGGUUUAUGUCCUCUGCGAGGAGAUCGUCACCAUCAUCAGCACCACCCACAAAGGACCCAUGAGCCCACGAGCUUUCUUCUCCCAUUGAGCAGGUGCAGCUCUGACUGAGAUGGCCAUGCUGCUGCGCUGCCCCUGGAUGCUUCUCUUGGUCGUGGCCCUCUGCUACGUAGCCGUGAACACUUCCUCCCUCAACCUGGAGGAUCCCAACGUCUGCAGCCACUGGGAGAGCUACUCCGUGACGGUGCAGGAGUCGUACCCGCAUCGCUUUGAUCAGAUCUAUUACACCAACUGCCCCGACAUCCUCAACUGGUUCAAGUGCACCAGACACAGGGUGAGCUAUCGGACGGCCUAUCGCAGUGGAGAGAAGAUCAUGUACAGGAGGAAGUCCCAGUGCUGUGCAGGUUUCUACGAGGACGGAGAGACGUGUGCACCCCAGUGCACGGAGAGCUGCGUCCACGGCCACUGUGUGGCCCCCAACAGCUGCCAGUGCGAGCCCGGCUGGGGGGGCUCCAACUGCUCCAGCGCCUGUGACAGCAGCCACUGGGGCCCCCACUGCAGCAGCCGGUGCCAGUGUCAGAACGGGGCCCUGUGCAACCCCAUCACCGGCGCCUGCAUCUGUGCCCCUGGAUACAGAGGCUGGCGCUGUGAAGCCCCCUGUGAAACGGGCACCUACGGGGAUGGAUGCCAGCAGAAAUGCCAGUGCCAGAACGGAGCUGCCUGUCACCAUGUGACCGGAGAAUGCACAUGCUCGCCAGGGUACACUGGAGCUUUCUGUGAAGACCUGUGUCCUCCAGGUAAACAUGGCCAGCAGUGUGAGGAGAGGUGUCCAUGCCAAAAUGGAGGAGUGUGUCACCAUGUGACUGGAGACUGCUCCUGUCCUGCAGGAUGGACGGGAACUGUAUGUGGUCAGCCGUGUCCGGAUGGGAGAUUCGGACAGAACUGUUCGCAGGAAUGUCAGUGCCACAACAACGGCUUCUGUGUGUCGUCCACUGGACUGUGUCAGUGUAGCCCGGGAUACAUAGGAGACCGGUGUCAGGACCAGUGUCCUGUCGGUACUUACGGUGCCGGCUGUGUGCACACGUGUCGCUGCAAGAACAACAGCAAGUGCAACCACACCAGCGGCGUGUGCGUGUGCGAGCCAGGAUUCACGGGUGAAAUGUGUGACGUCCGACUCUGUCCUGAGGGACGCUAUGGCAGCCAGUGCAACGGGAAGUGUCCGUGCUACACUCCAAACACCUGCAGCUGUCAUCCCAUGUCGGGUGAAUGCACAUGCCGGCCCGGUUGGUCGGGCCUCUACUGCAACAAGACCUGCGCUCCGGGAUUUUAUGGCGAGUCCUGCAGACAAGUGUGCAGGUGUCAGAACGGCGCCGACUGCCACAGUGUCACCGGGGCCUGCACCUGUGCUCCGGGCUUCAUGGGGCCUUCCUGCUCAGCACCAUGUCCAGCAGGGUCCCACGGCCUGAACUGCUCAUCCAGCUGUCGCUGUAAGAACGGAGCACACUGCUCACCUGUAGAUGGAUCCUGCUCCUGCACAUCGGGCUGGCAUGGCGUGGACUGCUCCAUCCACUGUCCCAGCGGCAGGUGGGGUCUGGGCUGCAACCGCACCUGUAUGUGCCUGAACGGGGGAGCGUGUAGCGCUCUGGACGGUCGCUGCGUCUGCGCUCCAGGGUGGAGAGGAGGCCGGUGCGAGCUCCGCUGCCAGGAUGGGACCUACGGUCUGGACUGCAACGAACGCUGUGACUGCAGUCAUGCUGACGGAUGCGACCACUCCACUGGUCACUGCCGCUGCCUGGCUGGAUGGACAGGUAUCCACUGUGACAGUGUGUGUGCUGAGGGCCGCUGGGGCCCCAACUGCUCCCUCUCCUGCAACUGUGAGAACGGAGCAUCGUGCUCUCCGGAUGAGGGGACCUGCGAGUGCGCCCCAGGAUACAGAGGCCCCACCUGCCAGAGGAUCUGCUCGCCCGGCUACUUCGGCCAUCGCUGCAGUCAGACCUGUCCACAGUGCGCCCACAGUAACGGACCGUGUCACCACGUCACCGGACAGUGCGACUGCUUUCCUGGCUUCAAGGGAGCGCUGUGUAAUGAGGUGUGUCCCAGCGGUCGCUUUGGGAAGAACUGCGCCUGGAGCUGCAGCUGCACCAACAACGGCACCUGCAACCCCAUCGACGGCUCCUGCCAGUGUUUCCCAGGAUGGAUCGGCAGCGACUGCUCGCAGCCGUGUCCUCCCGGCCACUGGGGUCCCAACUGCAUCCACACCUGCAACUGUCACAACGGAGCGUACUGCAGCGCCUACGACGGAGAGUGCAAGUGCACCCUGGGAUGGACCGGCCUCUACUGCACACAGCGCUGCCCGCUCGGUUUCUUCGGGAAGGACUGCUCCCAGAGCUGCCAGUGCAGGAACGGCGCCGACUGCCACCACAUCUCAGGACAGUGCACGUGUCGCACCGGCUUCAUGGGGCAGCACUGUGAGCAAAAGUGUCCUCAUGGUUCCUACGGUUACGGCUGUCGUCAGGUCUGCGACUGUCUGAACAAUUCAACCUGCGAUCACAUGACUGGAACGUGCUACUGCAGUCCCGGCUGGAAGGGCGCGCGGUGCGACCAAGCUGGUGUGGUGGUGGGAAACAUCAACAGUCUGACCAGUGCAGCCAUGCACGUGGACACCUACCAGAUUGGAGCCAUCGCAGGAAUAAUCGUCCUGUUGCUGCUGGUGCUUUUUCUCCUGCUCCUCUUCAUCAUCUACAGGAAGAAGCAGAAGGGUAAAGAACCCGCCAUGCCAGCUGUGACCUACACUCCCGCCAUGAGGAUCCCCGCUGACUACGCCGUGGCAGAUGCUUACAGUCCUCCCACUGAGACCCACCCCAGCAACUAUUUCUCCAACCCCAGCUACCACACCCUCACCCAGUGCGUCAGCCCCCCCCACCUCAGCGGCGGCCCAUAUGGAAAGGCAAAGUAUUCUCAGCUCUUUGUGAACAUGAAGAGCGUGGAUCAGAGAAAACACUUUGUUGCUCAUACGGGAACGCUGCCUGCAGACUGGAAACGAGGCGACUGCUUCAACGAACUGGGAGCUUAUGGAGGUGAGAGAGGAAACAUGGGGAGCUCGUUAAGAGAUCUGGUGAAGGGCACAGCCUACCACGCCAGCUCCUGCUCCCUCAGCAGCUCUGAAAACCCAUACGCCACCAUAAAAGACCCGCCCCUGCCGACUGCCAAAAACACUGAAUGUGGUUACGUGGAAAUGAAAUCACCAGCCAGGAGAGACUCGGCGUACGCUGAAAUCAGCAGCAACCUGACCAACAACCCCAACGUCUAUGAAGUUGAACCAACCGUCAGCACCGAUCAGCCCGCUGGAGAUGGCAACAUCCACGUGCCGUUUGGGCAGGAUCCAUAUGACCUACCAAAAAACAGCCACAUCCCGUGUCACUAUGACCUCCUGCCGUCUCGAGAGAGUCCGACCUCUGAGCUCAAGGAGCCGGACAGCGAAUAAAGACUCAGACUCACCGCUGAGAGAAGUCAUCAUUCCUAUUCCUUAAAAUCCAUCGACUUACAGGCACAGUUUAUACCAACAACAUAUUUUCACUUGUUUUCUUUUUGUAAUCGUUGAAACAAUCAUUGUAAUUAUGUAUCUUGACUCAAAGGGGUAUAUGCUUUUGGGUAAUAUUGAAACUGUGUGCGUAUGCUUGUGUGUAUAUGUGUGUAUGUGUUCACUACAGCUGUAACUGCAAAAAAGUCUUAAGUCAUUCCAACAUCUGGAGGUCCAUUUUGUGUCUAGCAUAAAAAUAGCUUUCUGAUUAUUCUGUGUAACAUUCAAAGACUCAUCUCUGUCGCUGUUACGAGAGUCUUAGAAAAUUGACUGAUUGUCUGCAUCAAAAUGUUGUGUGUUUUAUAAGGAAGAGCAACAUGUUAUGGACUGGUAUUUAAGUAAACCAAAGGUACGAGAAGCAUUUAACGAGUACAACCAGCAUCAUGAAUGGGUUUCUAGGUUCUAGCAAUAUUCAGCAGCUUCCCACUCGCGUAAACCUCAGAGAAUGACUGAGAGUUGUGUUUCAUGAGUCAUUGAUCACUUGUGUUGCUCAGACAUUAUAUCUGCAUGUAGCUCUUCUGUGCUGGAUGCUCUUUUAUUCAGAUAGACUUCACAAAGGACUGGUUCACUAUCCCCCCCAGGACUGGUUCACUAUCCCCCCCAGGACUGGUUCAUUAUCCCUCAGGACUGGUUCAUUAUCCCCCCCCCAGGACUGGUUCAUUAUCCCCCACAGGACCGGUUCAUUAUCCCCCACAGGACUGGUUCAUUAUCCUCCCCAGAACUGGUUCAUUAUCCCCCCCAGGACCGGUUCAUUAUCCCCCCCAGGACUGGUUCAUUAUCCUCCCCAGGACUGGUUCACUAUCCUCCCCAGGACUGGUUCAUUAUCCCCCCCAGGACUGGUUCACUAUCAGCCCCAGGACUGGUUCACUAUCCCCCCCAGGACUGGUUCAUUAUCCCCCCAGGACUGGUUCAUUAUCCCCCCCAGGACUGGUUCACCAUCCUCCCCAGGACUGGUUCAUUAUCCUCCCCAGGACUGGUUCACUAUCCCCCCCAGGACUGGUUCACUAUCAGCCCCAGGACUGGUUCACUAUCCUCCCCAGGACUGGUUCAUUAUCCCCCCAGGACUGGUUCAUUAUCCCCCCCAGGACUGGUUCACUAUCCCCCCCAGGACUGGUUCACUAUCAGCCCCAGGACUGGUUCAUUAUCCCCCCCAGGACUGGUUCAUUAUCCCCCCCAGGACUGGU